CUUUUUUGGAGGUUAAUUGAAGAUAAAGUGGUCUUGAUCACAAGACAGUACAAGACCUUGGAUAUUAAUUUUUAUAUUAAACGUAAUUAUUUCAUAAGUACCGUACAAAUUGUUUUUAUUUUAAAUUUGGGUAUAGAUUCGUUUGAAAUAUCCACGUGUGCUCCAGAAAGUUGAAAUCAUGACAGAAAAUACGAAUGCCAUAGAUACAGAGCUGAGAGAAUUAGCUGUUGCGCUGUUUGAAAUUGACGCGCUUAAAUUUGGAGAAUUUGUGACCAAAGUUGGUUUGAAAACUCCAGUAUAUUUUGACUUAAGAGUCAUAGUCUCACACCCAAAAGUUAUGGCUCGUUUGGCUAAGGCACUAUGGAAAUUUUCGGAAGAGUGUACAAACAUAUCUCAAAUCUGUGGUGUACCUUAUACAGCUUUGCCACUGGCCACUUUGAUCUCUGUCGAUUCUAAUGUACCUAUGUUGAUAAAAAGGAAAGAAGCAAAGGCUUAUGGUACAAUGAAGAUGAUAGAAGGCCAAUUUAAACAAGGAGAUAAUUGUAUAAUCAUUGAAGAUGUAAUUACUAGUGGCAGCAGCAUUUUAGAAACUGCACUUACUUUAAGAAAGGAGGGUUUAAUAGUGACAGACGCUUUUGUGGUAAUUGACAGGCAACAAGGCGGCAGAAGAAACAUAAAAAAUCAUGAUAUUAAUAUAAAAAGUUUAUAUACGAUUACCACUAUUAUGGCUUAUCUUCUAGAAGCUAACAAGAUCACACUAAAGGUUGUAAAAGAUGUAACCGAUUACUUGUUAAAAUAUCAAGCACCUCUUAUUCCUGUUCAAGUUCCAGAAACAAAACUGAAGGAACCAUUUUACUCUCGCGCGACUAAGACUAAAAACGAAGUUGCAUCUAAAAUAUUCAACUUGAUGGAAACAAAACAAUCUACCUUAUGUUUAGCAGCUGACUUAAUUAAAGCUGACUCUAUUUUGGAGUUAGCUGAUUUGACAGGACCACAUAUUGUGGUAUUAAAGACGCACGUAGAUAUAAUAGAAGAUUUUAGCGAUGAUUUUAUAAAACGUUUAAAAGAUUUAGCUAAGAAGCACAAUUUCUUAUUAAUGGAAGAUCGAAAAUUUGCUGAUAUUGGCAACACAGUAUCUUUACAGUAUCAAAAGGGUAUUUAUAAAAUCGCGGAAUGGGCAGAUAUUGUUACUGUUCACGCGAUAGCAGGUCAAAGUAUUAUAGAUGGACUAAAAACUGGUUUAGAAAGUAUUAACAAACCACGUGGUAUUUUUAUAUUAGCUCAAAUGUCUUCCAAAGGUGCAUUAACAAAUAGCGAAUAUGCACAGCACGCAGUAUCAAUUGCGCAAAGUUCAGAUAUGGUCACUGGCAUUGUUUGCCAGUCAAAUAUUUUUACAGAUCCAGGUCUCAUUCAGUUAACCCCUGGGGUAAAGCUCGCCGAAAGUUCAGACAACUUAGGACAGCAGUACAACACACCAGAAUCUGUAGUAAAUUCUGGAGCAGAUCUGGCUGUUGUUGGCAGAGGUAUUUCCGAGGCAGAAGAUCGAUUAGCCGCUACAUUAGAAUAUAAAAAGGAACUUUGGAUUGCUUACGAAAAACGAUUGCAAUAGAAGGUACUUACAGUUACCUAUUGCCACUAGGUCUAUAUGAAAAUACAAGAAAAAAUAUAUUAUUUUUUUAUUUUUAAAAUACGUGCGCAACAAUUAAAAAGUGUAAAUAAUUAUAUAAAUUUACGAGUUUGGAAAGACCGUAAAUAGAACGCGAAAAUGUACAAAGAUUUUCGAUGUAUAUACAUUAUACAACGGUACGCUAAUCCACAUUCAUAUUAUUGUGUGAAAAAAGCAUUUAUAAAAUAUAUCCGAACGUUUCUGUUAACGUUCGAUGAUAAAAAAAUAAAAGUCGUAAAUGAGGCGAUUUUAUAACUGAAAAUGUACGUCGAGUAUUUUAUAAACGUAUUGUUGGUUAAUUGCUAGGAAGAUUGACAAAAUUAUAUAUAUCUCGUUAGGCUCUAAUGUCCUGCCUGGUCAGGAUAUUAAAAGUUUGUUCUUACAGGACUUCGCCAAAUUUACGACUUCAAUAUUUCUCUAUUAUUGACCAUGUACACGCACACUCUUUGUUAUUGUAUUUUUCAUAAAGUGCAAAAAUUCCAGUAACAUGUACCUCAUAUAAAUGCUAUUGUGUAAAACUACUCGUUGUAUUUGUACUUGUACGCUCUAUACAUAAUUUAGGACGCCGUUUAGAUCAACCCUUUGUGAUUAUGCAAAUUCUUUUAUGCAAUCGUAUUGUAAUAUCAAGAGAUACAUAUACACUUUCCAUUAGAAACGUAUUUCUUCGAGUUAAUUAAUGUAUCACCUAUGAUAACUGACAUUAAAGAAUAUUGGUUCGCAAAGGGCUAACGAUAAAGGGAUCUUCCUUCUUUAGCAUUAAAAGGUGCAUUGAUUCAUAGAAUAUUUUCGAGUAACUGUAAUCCAGUGUCUUCUUAAAUUAUAUGGUUACCUUUUUAUUCAUCUUGAGAAUUUCUUUUACACCUUAAAAACAUGUAAUAAAAAAGACUGUCCUUGCAAAUUUGGAAGACCCCUUAACAUCACAAACAAGUACUAUAUUUCACACGGAAUUGUAUGGGUGGAAUCCAUAGUCUCACUCUUAUGCUUCUUUGCUUUUGGUAAGUUCUUCGACUAGUUUCCGGAAUACCUGAGCCACCUGGCUAUCCGGUAAAGUUACUAAAACACUCUGUCCCGUUUCAGCCAAUUUACCUACUUGUGGGUCUAUGGGUACUUUUGCGAGGAAUGGUACAUUUACCAUUUUUGAUAAGGCUAUCCCUCCACCCGCGGAAAAUAUAU